CAGAGCGGGGCCAACUGCAGCGUGUAGUGCGAGCGGGGCAGGACGCGCGCUGCCCGCCCGCCCGGCGACCCGCAAGAGCAGUGCCGAGCCCCAGUUGCAGAAGACUUGUCACCACCAUGAGCUCUGAAUGUGACGUUGGCGCUUCUAAAGCCGUGGUGAACGGUUUGGCACCAGGCAGCAAUGGGCAGGACAAAGACAUGGAUCCUACAAAAGUCUGCACUGGGAAGGGAGCCGUGACUCUCCGGGCCUCAUCCUCCUACAGGGACACCCCAAGCAGUAGCCCUGUGAGCCCUCAGGAAACCCCGCAAUACGAAAGCAAACCAGGUGAGCCACCCCUGCGACUAGGGGCAGAUGAGUGGCGGCUUUCUUCCAACGCUGAUGCCAAUGGAAACGCCCAGCCCUCUUCACUCGCUGCCAAGGGCUACAGAAGCGUGCACCCCAACCUUCCUUCCGACAAGCCCCAGGAUUCAAGUCCUCUGCUAAAUGAAGUUUCUUCAUCUCGUGUUAGAACUGAUUCCCAAACCUUUGCACCAGUCAGCAAGCCAUCCUCUGCCUACCCCUCCACGACCAUUGUCAAUCCGACUAUUGUGCUCUUGCAACACAACCGAGAGCAGCAGAAACGACUCAGUAGCCUGUCAGAUCCUGUGUCAGAAAGAAGAGUGGGAGAACGGGACUCGGCACCAACCCAGGAAAAAACCACCUCUCCUGGCAGGUCCACUGACAAAAAGGCCAAGGAUGACAGCAGGCGGGUGGCUAAGAGCACUCAGGACCUGAGCGAUGUGUCCAUGGAUGAAGUGGGCAUCCCACUCCGGAACACCGAGAGAUCCAAAGACUGGUACAAGACCAUGUUUAAGCAGAUCCACAAGCUAAACAGAGAUGAUGAUUCAGAUCUGUACUCUCCUCGAUACUCCUACUCUGAAGACACAAAAUCUCCCCUUUCUGUGCCUCGAUCGAAAAGUGAGAUGAGCUACAUUGACGGUGAGAAGGUAGUUAAGCGGUCAGCCACACUUCCCCUCCCGGCCCGCUCUUCCUCACUGAAAUCAAGCCCGGAGAGAAACGACUGGGAGCCCCCAGAUAAGAAAGUGGAUACAAGGAAAUACCGUGCAGAGCCCAAAAGCAUAUACGAGUAUCAGCCGGGCAAGUCCUCCGUUCUGAACAACGAAAAGAUGAGUCGGGAUAUAAGCCCAGAAGAGAUAGAUUUAAAGAAUGAACCUUGGUAUAAAUUCUUUUCGGAAUUGGAGUUUGGGAAACCGCCUCCCAAAAAGAUAUGGGAUUAUACUCCUGGAGACUGCUCUAUCCUUCCUAGAGAGGAUAGAAAGACUAACCUAGACACAGAGCUCAACCUCUGCCCAGCAGAGUUAGAGGCAGAUGUAGGAAAGACGGAGACGCUUAGUAAAGCACGCCGUGCAGACCUGGCGCAGAGCUCAGCAGUCAGCCCCACUCCGGACAUGUCUUCAGAGCCUCCUGGAUAUAUAUAUUCUUCCAACUUCCACGCAGUGAAGAGGGAAUCCGAUGGGGCUCCCGGCGACCUCGGGAGCCUGGAGAAUGAGAGGCAGAUCUAUAAAAGCGUCCUGGAAGGUGGAGACAUCCCUCUCCAGGGCCUCAGUGGGCUCAAGCGCCCGUCCAGCUCGGCCUCCACGAAAGUGGAUCGUAAAGGUGGGAAUGCUCACAUGAUUUCUUCAUCUUCAGUUCAUAGCCGAACGGUUAACACUAGCAAUGCCUUAGGCCCUGUGUGUAAGCACAAGAAACCCCUGUCUGCUGCAAAAGCCUGCAUUUCCGAAAUCCUCCCCUCCAAGUUCAAGCCCAGGCUCUCCGCUCCCAGCGCUCUUUUGCAGGAACAGAAGAGUGUCCUGUUGCCGUCGGAAAAGGCUCAGAGCUGUGAGAACCUUUGUGUUUCGGUUUCUUUGAACGGUUCCAAGAGAGGGCUCCCCCUCCAGGUGGGUGGGAGCAUCGAGAACCUGCUCAUGCGCUCCCGGCGGGAUUACGACAGCAAGUCCAGCAGCACCCUGAGCUUGCAGGAGUACGGCUCCAGCGCCAGGAGGCCCUGCCCGCUCUCCAGGAAGGCGGGGAUGCAGUUCACCAUGCUCUACCGGGACAUGCACCAGAUCAACCGAGCCGGCCUCUUCCUGGGCUCUGCCUCCUCCUCCAGCGUGCGGGACCUCGCCUCCCACUUCGAAAGGAGCAGCCUGGCCCUGGGCAGGGGCGAGCUGGGCCCCAGCCAGGAGGGCUCGGAGCACAUCCCCAAGCACACCGUCUCCUCCCGCAUCACGGCCUUUGAGCAGCUGAUCCAGCGGUCACGGUCCAUGCCGUCCCUGGACCUGUCCGGCAGGCUGAGCAAGUCCCCCACGCCCGUGCUGUCCCGGAGCGGCCUGACCGCAGCCCGCUCCGCCGAGUCCCUCCUGGAGUCCACCAAGCUCCGGCCCAGGGAGGUGGACGGGAUGAACCCCGGGGGGGUCUAUGCCUCGCCGACGUGCAGCAGCGGGGUGGACUCCCCCUUGGGGUUCAGGGGCCUGGCGCCCUCUGAGCCCCUCUCCACCUGCUCCGACGAGCUCGACCACUGCUCCAACGUCUCCAGUGACAGCAGGGAGGGCAGCGGCGGCAGCGUUCACGGAGACUUCCCCAAACACCGCCUCAACAAGUGCAAGGGCACCUGCCCGGCCUCCUACACCCGCUUCACCACCAUCCGCAAGCACGAGCAGCAGGCCUCCCGGCAGCCCGACUGGCGCCCGGACUGCAGAGGGGACCGCAGCGCGCUCCUCAGGAACAUCUACCUGAUGAGCCCCCUCCCCUUCCGGCUGAAAAAGCCCCUCCAGCAGCACCCCAGGCAGCCAGCCCCUGGGGACUUCUCGGGCCCCCCGGCGGGCCGGAAGCCAGACCCCCCCGGUCAGCCCCAGCAGGACGAGCCCCGCGCCGGGGGGAAGCCCUCGGUGCCCAAGCGCCUGUCUUCCCGACACGCCGUGGCCAGGCUGGGCCGGACCGCAGAGCCCCCUCAGGAGAGACCCGCGGUCCCCGAGGACUGCCCGGGGGCCUUUGAUAACGGGAACCCGGUGCCGUACUCAGACCACGGCCUGGACAGAAACAACAACCCCCCCAGUGAACUGGGACCAUCCCGCGGAGAUUCAGAAUCACCGAGACAUUUUAUACCAGCUGACUACUUGGAAUCCACAGAAGAAUUCAUCCGAAGGCGUCACGAUGAUAAAGAAAAACUUUUAGCGGACCAGCGACGACUUAAGCGCGAGCAAGAAGAGGCCGAUAUUGCAGCUCGACGCCACACGGGCGUCAUUCCAACGCACCAUCAGUUUAUCACUAAUGAGCGCUUUGGGGACCUCCUCAAUAUAGACGAUACGGCAAAAAGGAAAUCUGGGUCAGAGAUGAGACCUGCCAGAGCCAAAUUUGACUUUAAAGCUCAGACACUGAAGGAGCUGCCUCUGCAAAAGGGAGACAUUGUUUACAUUUAUAAGCAGAUCGACCAGAACUGGUACGAAGGCGAGCACCACGGCCGGGUGGGCAUCUUCCCGCGCACCUACAUCGAGCUUCUUCCUCCUGCGGAGAAGGCUCAGCCCAAAAAGUUGGCACCAGUGCAGAUUUUGGAAUACGGAGAAGCUAUUGCAAAGUUCAACUUCAAUGGGGAUACGCAAGUAGAAAUGUCCUUCAGGAAGGGUGAGAGGAUCACGCUGCUCCGACAGGUGGACGAGAACUGGUACGAAGGGAGGAUCCCGGGGACGACCCGGCAAGGCAUCUUCCCCAUCACCUACGUGGACGUGAUCAAAAGGCCACUGGUGAAAAACCCGGUGGAUUACAUCGACCUGCCUUACUCCUCCCCAAGUCGUAGUGCCACCGUGAGCCCACAGUUUCCCAGUCACAGCAAGCUCAUCCUGCGAGCCCCCUCAUCUCUGCCUCACCCCCACCGAGCCCUGUCCCCUGAGAUGCAGGCUGUCACCUCGGAGUGGAUCUCGCUGACCGUGGGGGUCCCAGGCCGGCGUCCUCUGGCCCUGACCCCACCUCUGCCUCCUCUGCCGGAGGCGUCUGUCUAUUACACCGACCACCUUGCCUUUCUGACAAGGCCUAGUCCCUCCCUGUCCCUCAGCCUCCCCCAUUCGAGUUGGUCGGGUCGUUCCACCCCCCACUCAAUUGUCUCCCCACUGGCCCUCCCUGCCCCCCAGCGAGCCUACUCCCCCGUGCCCGGUGCCCAGGCCUCCCUUCACGUCAACGGAGACAGUGGCAGCCACAGGCCCCCUCCAGGCUUCCCGCAGGGCAGCUUCUCCCAGCCUCUGCUUGGGAGCCCUGAUAGAGUCAUCUCGGAGCUUAGCAACGCCUUUAGCAGCCAGGGCCCGUGGCGAGAAGAAAGCAGACAGUACGAAAGGAAAGCAGAGAGGGAGGCAGGUGAGAGACGCCUGGGCGGACCCACGAUCUCUAAGAAGAGCUGCUUGAAACCUUCAGACGUGGUCAGGUGCCUGAGCACCGAACAGAGACUCUCAGACCUCUGCACCCCCGAGGAGAGCCAGCCCAGCCAGGCCCUGGGCAGCCCUUUCCCGGGAAGGGAGGCUGAGCAGACAGAGCCGCGUAGAGGUGGCGAGCAGGCUGAGUGGAAGGCUGCUCGGAGUGGUGUGCGCCAGGAAGCAGUGUGCAAUGAGAUCAUAAACAUUGCCGAAAAGUCUGUUCAUUACUGCAGCACUGUCUCUCAUCCCCUUGACUUUCAUCACAAGGUACCCCCUUCUGACAAUAAAUCAUCUUUAAUCAUUUCUCAGCAACCUCAAGCCCAGCAGCGAAGAGUCACCCCAGACAGGAGUCAAGCCUCACAAGAUUUAUUUAGCUACCAAGCAUUAUAUAGCUAUAUACCACAGAACGAUGAUGAGUUGGAACUCCGAGAUGGAGAUAUUGUUGAUGUCAUGGAAAAGUGUGACGAUGGAUGGUUUGUUGGUACUUCAAGAAGGACGAGGCAGUUUGGUACUUUUCCAGGCAACUAUGUAAAGCCUUUGUAUCUGUAAGAAGAUUGAAAACCGCAGAGGUGAUUUUCAUUGGAGGAUGAAGCCUCACCCAUAAACUGGUCUCUUGAUUUAAAAGUUGAGUCAGUAGGAAAAGUAAUACAGUGGAUAAAGAACGAAGCAAAAGAGCAGGACAGAGAAGUGUGCUAUGUUUGAAACCCGGGCCUGUCUCAGCUUACCGUGUAUCAGACAGGCCCGGACCAUGCGCUGAGCAGAAAGGAAUGAGGCAGAUCUGUAUUUAUUUAGCUGCUCUGGGAGCCUCUCCAGCCCUCCCCUGCGCUCCCCGCCUGAGGUAACCUGACCUGUGGCCACAGAAACGCCUCCUGCUGCUGCCGCCCUCACCUGCCUGAAGCAGCCCUCGGAGCCCCUGGCAGACCCCCAGCCAUUCUCCAAAGGCUCCACACAGACCCCGCCCCACCCCAGCCGCCCCGGCCCGCUGAUCCCCCAGCACCAUCAGCGCCGCUGGCGAUCAGUCUGGGCUGCGAGGUCAUCCCUAGACGGUGGUGGAGGCCCCGCGCUGGACCUGCCGAGGUUAGUGGGGAAAUGGAGGCGAACCUUCGGCGCCCCGAGCAUGCACACCCAGCCUGCAGCAUUGCCACUGACCCCCUCGUGUCAGACGGAAAGGCACGGGAGGUUUGCCCGUGGGAGCAGGUGCCAGGCAGACAGUUAAAUGUGUGUGUCCGAGUGACUUAGGCCAGGAAGCCCUGUGGCUCCUGAGGUCACAUGCCCUGUGCUCCUUUCCCGGAUCACUGGCUUCCACAGAUGUUCCCUUUCAGGGCACAGUUUCAUUGAUCAGACGCCGUUGCUAAUCUUUCUCUUCUGGAUUGUUCUUGGCCAGGACAGUUUGGGGUUGAUAGGCCUGUUCUCAGGGAGAACCAAGGAUGGCGAUGCUCAGUGAUUCAUUUAACACACUCUGAUAGACACUGGAUGCCGGGCACCAGCAAGCAGAGACUUAGCACAUCCCCAUAGGAGUUCAAGGGCCACUCAGAAGGGAGUCCCCCAGGGCUGUGAGUCCUGGUGCACCCUGGCCAGGCUUCGCUUCAGAGCAGAGGUGCGGGUGCAGGGCCCUCGGUGUGGGGAAGUGGUUCUGCUGCUCCCAGGAGGACGGAGCUAAGGGGGGAGGCCCCUGCGACACCUGGGUGUUCGGUCACAACUCUGUCCAAUUCCAGGAUGUUUGUCGGCUCUCUCUGUUAGACCCCUUGGAGAAUGAAAGAUAGAAAUGGCCCAUUCCCUGCCUGCUGGGGACUCAGGUGAUUGGAGAUACAUA